AGCGGGAAACAAAAGGAGACGAAGGACGCAUGCGUCUGGUGGGUCCUUCCGCUCAAACUAAGAGAAGCACUUCCGGGUCGCCGCCGGCUGCCGCCUCCCGGGGCGAUGAGGAAACUGAGGCCCAGAGAGGUUAAGUGACUUGGCCACAAACAGCUAGUACGUGGUGGAGCCGGGACUCAAACCCAGUCUAGGAGCCAUGUCCACCUUGUUCCCUUCGCUCUUCCCCCGUGUGACUGAGACACUGUGGUUUAAUCUGGAUCGGCCUUGUGUGGAGGAGACAGAGCUACAGCAGCAGGAACAGCAGCAUCAGGCCUGGCUCCAAAGCAUCGCAGAGAAAGACAACAACCUGGUACCUAUUGGCAAGCCAGCCUCAGAGCACUAUGAUGAUGAGGAAGAGGAGGAUGAAGAUGACGAUGAGGAUAGUGAAGAGGACUCAGAAGAUGAUGAAGACAUGCAGGACAUGGAUGAGAUGAAUGACUAUAAUGAAUCACCUGAUGAUGGAGAAGUCAAUGAGCCUCCUCUCCAGGUGGACAUGGAAGGCAACGAGCAGGAUCAGGACCAGUGGAUGAUCUAGGUAGACAAGGCAGGGUGGCGAUUCCAGGCCAGCCCCACCUACCCUGCAUCCCUUGCCCCAACCUCUCAGCCCACAAAACCAGCUGACAGCCCCAGUGCCUGAAAGCUCAGCCAUGGGCACUUCUCAGCUGUUGCCAGGACCUGAUCUUGACCCCUCCCAGACCAUCAGUCUGUCCUUGAAUCCCCAGAGCCUGAGCCCAUCCCACCUUCCUGGCCACCCCAUGGAAGACAGGUCUGGUAUCUUUCUAACCCUCAUUAAUAAAGACACAGGACUGAUUUUUUCCCCCUAUGUCUAUUCCCUACUUGGUGGGACGUAGAGGAAUCCAGCAUCUUCUCUUGGGCUUGGAGGGAGGGGGAACUCCAGGGAUAUGAAGCAAACCUAAUUGGCCGAGGAGGCCAGGGUUGGAGAACCUGAGCCCUGCUUUCUGUGUGUCAGCUUGCAUCCAGGCCUUCCUUGGGGGCCUCUUAUCUGGUACUUCCUCUAAUCCUGGUGAGGGCAGGUUUCCUGAGGCACAGAGCUAGGAAACCCUAGGACUCUCCUAGCUAGCUAUCUUAGUGUUAAAGGAGCAAAUUAAAUCUCAGAGCAGGACAGGACUUGCCUAGAGUCGCCCCGCAAACCAAUGCCGUCUGGUUUGGGAGCUUAGGCCUCUUGCUCUAAGUCCAUGGUUCUCUCUGCAAGCAAGGGGACCAGUGGGACCAAGCAGUCUGAUAAAAUUUGACACUUCAGGUCAUUGUAGAGGCUGGA